AUAAUCCAUAGUGGUCAUAGGCGUGAUAAUGAAUAGAUACCUCUAGAGAGAGAGGGAUUGUCGGACAUAGAGAGAGAGAGAGAGAGAGAGAGAGAGAGAAUGGACGACGAACAGCCGAUAGACACCGCAAGGCGGAGGAGCAGAGGAUCCAGCGCGUCGACCCGCUCGGAGGCCCUCGAACGCCUGAAAGCACUCCGCCGGGGUGGUCGGCGAGAAGGCGGUGGAUUCCAGGUCAAAAUUGAAGAUCCGAUCUACGACACUGUCGACGAUGACGAGUACGAUGCCCUCGUCGCGAAGCGUCGGGAGGAAACCCGGGGAUUCAUUGUGGACGACGAUGGUCUAGGGUACGGAGACGAAGGCCAGGAGGAGGAUUGGUCUCAGGCGGCGGUCCCAAUGUCUGACGAAUCGGAAGGUGAGUUAGAGAAACCUAAGAAGAAGAAAAUGGAGAAAAAAGAACCGCCGCCUAAGAAGCCUUCUGCUCUCUCCGCAGCGGCUGCUCUAAUGGGUAAGCAAAGACUCUCCAGCAUGUUCACUUCUUCGGUUUUUAAGAAGAGCAAGGACGACAAGUCCAAGAAUUUAUCUUGUGACAGUAUUGUUGAUGAUGUUAUUGCUGAAUUUGCCCCUGAUGAGGCCGAUCGAGAGAGACGACGCAGGGGACACACGAAUUUAUCUGCAGCUGCGAAAAUCUUCACGCCGGUUAAUUUGAUCACACCAAUUAAGAGUGAAAUUCCACCUGUCGAAAGUGUUGAUUUGAUAGUCAGACCUGAAAUUCAAAUAGUAAAUCCUAAUGGUGAAUUUUUGUCUGGUAAGGACCAUAACUGUGAAGUCAAGGAGAGUGAUCCAACAAAGGAAAUUGAACAUAUCCAAGAUUUGAGUCCUAAAAUGGAUGACAACCUGAAUACCAAAUUAUUUGAAUCUUCAAAUGUUACGCUCGUAGCCAAGGAGAGCCUGCAGAAUGCUGUUGAAGUGAAGUUGGAGCCGAUGGCUAAAGAUGAGGCUUUUACUCUUAAUGCCAAAAUUAAAGAUGUAAAGGAUCCCGCAUUGAGUGCCACUGCUGGAUGGCAAGCUGUCAGAAAUGCAGGAAAUGGGAACAUUGAACAUGAUAGCACAGAAGCAAAUCCUAGUUUAAACAGCGAAGAAAAGCCAGAUUUCACCUUGGAUUCUGAUGGUUCACUGCUUUUCUACAUACUUGAUGCCCAUGAGGAGUUUUAUGGUGCUAACAUGGGUAACCUUUAUCUUUUCGGAAAGGUCAAAGCAGGAAGUACAUAUUGCAGCUGCUGUGUAGUUGUAAAGAACAUGCAAAGAUGUGUCUACGCAAUUCCAAAUGGUUCACUGUUCCAGAAUGAUGUGAUUAUGAAGCUUGAGAAAGAUGCCGAAGAGUCACGAAUUUCUUCUACAGCUUUCCGAACUAAGCUGCAAGAGAUGGCUUCAGGAUUAAAGACUGAAAUAGCCAAGCAUUUAUUAGAUUGCAAUGUUUCAAGUUUUAGCAUGACACCUGUUAAGAGGAGCUAUGCAUUUGAGCGACUUGAUGUUCCUAUUGGGGAGAAUUAUGUACUCAAGAUCAAUUACCCGUUCAAGGACCCACCACUUUCUUCAGACCUCAAGGGAGAACAGUUCUCUGCUUUACUAGGAACUCAUAGCAGUGCUUUGGAGCAAUUUCUUAUUAAGAGGAAGAUAAAGGGACCAUCCUGGCUAUCGGUUUCAAGAUUCACCAUGUGUUCAGCUCAGCGUGUAAGCUGGUGCAAAUUUGAGGUUAUUGUUGAUUGUCCAAAGGACAUACAAGUUUCAACCUCCACAAAGAGUAUACCAGAGAUUCCACCUGUGGUUGUCACAGCAAUAAAUUUGAAAACUGUCAUUAGUGAAAAGCAAAAUGUGAAUGAAAUUGUUUCUGCAUCCAUAAUCUGCUGUCACAAGGCUAAGAUUGAUACGCCUACAUUAGCCUCAGAAUGGACUAGGCCAGGUAUGCUUAGCCAUUUUAGUGUUGUUCGCAAGCUUGAUGGAGGCAUAUUUCCAAUGGGAUUUACCAAAGAAGUAAAUGAUAGAAAUUCAAAGGCUGGAGCGAAUGUCAUCAGUGUUGAAAGCAGCGAAAGAGCUUUAUUGAACCGGUUGAUGAUUGAACUGCACAAAUUAGAUAGUGAUGUUCUUAUUGGCCACAAUAUUUCUGGGUUUGAUCUUGAUGUUCUGCUUCACAGAGCUCAGGCUUGCAGGGUCCCUAGCAGCAUGUGGUCCAAAAUUGGCCGUCUCAAGCGCUCCGUGAUGCCUAAGCUUACUAAAGGAGGCACAAUUUUUGGUUCUGGUGCAAGUCCAGGGAUUAUGUCCUGCGUUGCAGGGAGGCUCUUAUGUGAUACAUAUUUGUGUUCUCGAGAUCUUUUGAAAGAGGUCAGUUACUCUUUGACACAACUUGCAAAGACUCAGCUCAACAAAGACCGGAAGGAGAUUGCACCACAUGAAGUUCAGUUAAUGUUUCAAAGUUCUGAAUCCCUUGUGGAACUUAUUGAAUGUAGUGAGACAGAUGCAUGGUUAUCAAUGGAACUUAUGUUUCAUCUGAGUGUUCUUCCUCUCACGCGUCAAUUGACCAAUAUCAGUGGUAAUCUCUGGGGGAAGACUCUGCAGGGUGCCAGGGCGCAAAGAGUUGAAUAUCUUUUGCUGCAUGCAUUCCAUGCUAAAAAAUAUAUUGUCCCAGACAAGUAUUAUUUUGAUUCAAAGGAAACAAAACUGACAAAGCGUAAAGUUAAUCAUGGUGCUGAGGACAAAGAAGUUGAUGAUUUGGAUGCUGGGAACUUUGAGAAUGAUUCACCACAUAGUGAUCAGAGGAAAGCCAAAAAGGGACCUGCUUACUCAGGUGGAUUGGUAUUGGAGCCCAAAAGAGGAUUGUAUGACAAAUAUAUUCUGCUUCUUGACUUCAAUAGUCUCUAUCCUUCUAUCAUUCAGGAAUACAACAUCUGUUUUACAACUGUUGAACGCCCUCAUGAUGGAUCAGUUCCUCGAUUACCAUCUAGCAGAAAAACUGGAGUUUUACCAGAGUUACUGAAAAAUUUGGUUGAGAGAAGAAGAAUGGUGAAGUCAUGGCUAAAAACUGCCUCUGGUCUUAAGGUCCAGCAGCUUGACAUACAGCAGCAAGCACUAAAACUUACUGCAAACAGUAUGUAUGGUUGCCUUGGAUUUUCCAAUUCCAGAUUCUAUGCAAAACCACUUGCAGAGCUGAUAACACAACAAGGAAGAGAAAUUCUUCAAAGUACUGUUGAUCUAGUCCAGAAUAAUUUGAACUUAGAGGUGAUCUAUGGUGAUACAGAUUCAAUAAUGAUUUAUAGUGGACUUGAUGAUAUUGCAAAAGCCAAGGUGAUUGCAGGGAAGGUCAUCCAAGAGGUCAAUAAAAAGUAUAGGUGCUUAGAAAUUGACCUUGAUGGUCUGUACAAACGAAUGCUGCUUCUCAAGAAAAAGAAAUAUGCAGCUGUUAAAGUGCAGUUUAGGGAUGGAACACCAUAUGAGGUUAUCGAACGGAAAGGUCUUGAUAUGGUUCGUCGUGACUGGAGUUUGCUGUCAAAGGAGCUGGGAGAUUUCUGCCUAAAUCAGAUCCUCUCUGGAGGGUCAUGUGAGGAUGUUGUUGAAUCCAUACACAGUGCUCUCAUGAAGGUACAGGAGGACAUGAGGAAUGGACAUGUAGCACUGGAGAAAUAUGUCAUCACAAAGACAUUAACAAAACUGCCAGAAUCCUACCCGGAUGCAAGGAACCAGCCUCAUGUUGAAGUUGCACUUAGGCGGAAAAGAAAUGGUUACUCCACUGGUUGCUCUGCUGGUGAUACAGUUCCUUAUGUAAUUUGCUGCGAGCAGGGCACCAGUUCUGCUACAUCAAUUGGGAUUGCUCAGCGGGCAAGACAUCCUGAUGAACUGAAAAGAGACAAUGAAAAAUGGAUGAUUGACAUUGAUUAUUAUUUGUCGCAGCAGAUUCAUCCUGUUGUUUCACGCCUGUGCGCAUCAAUUCAAGGUACAAGCCCAGCACGCCUGGCUGGUUGUUUAGGUCUUGACUCAUCCAAGUUCCAAAGUAAAUCAAGCGAGGGUGUCAACAGUGAUCCUUCAAUCUCACUCUUCUCUGCAGUUGAUGAUGAUGAGAGAUAUGGAGGUUGUGAGCCUUUGGUUUUGUCGUGUCCCAGCUGCUCUGGUACUUUUGACUGUCCAACUGUGUUGAGUUCCAUUCGUUCAUCAAUCAGUGAAAAGCAAACAGACUCACAGGCAGGGGAAACCUCUCCAAAUUUCUGGCUCAAACUGCAUUGUCCAAAGUGCCCCGAGGAAAGUGAUGCGGGAAAAAUGUCUCCUGCACUAAUAGCCAAUCAGGUUAAGCGGCAAGUGGAAGGGUUCAUUUCCUUGUACUACAAGGGCUCAAUGACGUGUGACGAUGAAACUUGCAAAUACACAACUCGUAGUAUGAAUUUGCGGGUUGUUGGUGAUUCUGAAAGAGGAACACUUUGUCCCAAUUACCCUCGCUGUAACGGGCGUCUCGUCAGAAAGUACACUGAAGCGGAUCUCUACAAGCAGCUUUCCUAUUUCUGCCAUGUCUUGGAUACUGUACGGUGCAUUGAUAAGGUCGAGCAAAAGCUCAGAAUAGCUGUGGAAAAAGAACUGGUAAGAAUUCGGCCGUUGGUUGAUUCGGCAGCAUCAAUCGCAGAGAGCAUACGGGACCGAUGUGCGUUUGGAUGGGUGCAUUUGAACGAUCUCAUUGUCACUAUUUGAUUGCUUGAUGAAGCAGCAGCAGCGCCAGCUCGAAGACAUUGGUCAGCAUAAAUCUGGUUAUGGGUGGGUAGGGACUUUGUAAAUUAAAUAUAUUGAUGAAGUUCACUGGCCAUUGUCCAUCAUCCUCAUGAUCCACGUACAGGGGCAACUGCGUCAUUAAUGCUACCACCAUACCAUUACGUUCUUUUCUUAUAUAAUUUUGUUUUUUACUCCAUAAAAUAUAAUAGUCUUACAGAAGUAAAUCUCAAUCCUGUUUUUUGUUUUUUAA